CCCUGAGCCGCUUGGCUAUAAAUGAUCCUCACUCUGUAACAACCAGCAGUCGCCAAGUGUUCAGAGUAAGAAUUACAGACGCACUGGCACAGCGGCGUUACUUAUAAAACGAAUAACGGUGACAGCGAUGAGUGAGUCACAGCCAACACUGAAAACUUGCCUGGAAGAGCUGAAGUGCCACUUUACAUGGGGGCUACAGGAGAAGGAUACUGAUAUUGAAGAACUAGAAGAAAGGCUUAACUGUCAACUGGAAUAUUUGAAUGUGGAUGCAAAAGGGAGAGUGUAUAAUAUGCUGGCCUAUGUAAACCACAUGAAGAAUGAUUAUACAGAGGCUAUUGUGAAUCUCCAAAAAGCUGAGGGUAUUCUUUGGGAAUAUAAAGUAUUGGAGACCGACAUUAAAUAUCUGCUGACCUUCUCCAACUAUGCAUGGCUCCAUUACUACCUAAAUGAUAGUGAAAGGUCCCAGCUCUAUAUUGACAAGAUUAAUGCUAUUUAUACACAAUCAAAAGGGCUUGAAGAUCUUGUGCAAUCUGAGACCAAUGGAGAACAAGGGUGGGCUCUGGUGAACUUUUGUAGCCAAUACUAUGAGAAAGCAAAAGACUGUUUUGAAGAGGCCGUGAAAGGGAAUCCGGAUGAUCCUGAAUGGAAUACUGGACUGGCCACUGUAGUUUAUCGUAUGGAGGACUUCCGAGGCAGAAGUUGGCCAUGUUUCAAAAGUUUUUCAUUCCAGCUACUUCAAAGGGCAGUUAAGCUAAAUCCAAAGGACUCUGUGAUUAAGGUACUUUUUGCUCUGAAACUACAGGGGUUAAAGAGGCAAGAAGAGGCAAUGAAGCAUAUUAAGGACGUCCUAGAAUUAACACCAGAUCUUCCAUAUGUGCUUCGCUAUGUUGCCAAAUUUUACAGGCGAGCUGGGAAGUUUGAGGAAACCAUCAGAGUCCUGAAGAAGGCUGUAAGUAUAACUCCUAACUCUAGCUUUCUCCAACAUCAGCUGGGGCUGUGCUACAGGCAAAUGAUCAUACAAAGGAAGGGAAGAGGCUAUGGUGAUCACAGUGUUCCAGACACACAAGAAAUAAAGGAUCUAAUGAAAAAGACCAUAUUUCACUUUGAAAUGGUGUUGGAAAUUAAAAAAACAUUUCUGCAUGCACAUUUUGAUUUAGCGGAUAUGUACAUCAGAUCCAAUCAAUAUCAGAAAGCAGAGGAAACCUAUAAAAAGGCCACAGAGCUAACAACCACUCCUGAACACGAGAAACAACAAGCCUACUUACAGUAUGGAAAAUUUCUGGAAAACUGCAAGAAAUCUGAAGAUGAAGCUGUAGAACAGUACAAGGAAGGGCUGCGGAUUCCUGACCAGAAUGAACACAGGCAGGAGUGUGAGGUGUCUCUGAGAAUCAUAGCCAAUCAGAAGUUAGCGAGAAACCCCAGGGACGCUUCUGCACUUGCUUUGCUUGGGUUCGUUAGUAAGGAAAACUAAGACAAAUCAAACGCAGUGAAAUAGUAUGAAAAAGCGUUAAGCGAUGUUCCAUCCAAUGAUUAAUAUCUGAGAUUUAUCUUUGAUCUGAAGUUGAUGUAAACAAAAUCAUUAGAAAUUUACCUGCAUUUCUGCACAUAGAUAUGUAGCAUUUAAAUCAUUCAAAUUAAGCACAUACAGCACUUUACAUAUUAGCAAUAAUUCACUUGUACACAAUAUAAUAUAACAGCCAGAUAAUACUGUUGUAUAAAGUAUUUUAUAUAAACCUCCUGCUUUCCUAGUUGCUCCUGUUACACUAGAGAAUCAGAUGUAUAUAGCACAAUGUACUGAGGAGAUAUUAUUCUUCUAUUUGAAGAGGCUUGAGUUUAGUAUUUUAAAGUCCUUUUAUCAUCUGCAUUAGAGCUCAUUCCCAUCAAUAUUUGGUGUCAUUUAUAUUUGUAUAAAAUGUGUGGGUGCCAUAAAGGUGCCAAGCAAAGAUUUAGCUAGCCCCCAGGUACAUUCUAGGCUUCAGAUAAGUCACCAGAUUGCUAAAGGCAAUGAGGAAGAUCCUGCUGGUAUGCUUGGAGGUGCAGAAGAAAAAGGGUAAGAUAAAGAGGAAUUAUUGUGUAAAUGUAAAUUUAGUAUAAUCUUCACACAUUGAAAUAAGAAACUUUAUAAAUACAAUCAAUUAACAUUUUUGGACUUUAUUUGAAAUAAUCAAGUUACUCAUCACAAAAUGCUUAACUGCAAUCUGUCUUUAGGCAAAUUUUUAUUUACCUUAUAAGUAUAGUAUAGUAGGAGAUGCUUAAUUGCUUAAUUGCACAAGAAAUCAUUCAUCAAAGAUACUUGUAUCAAAAGGUGCUCAUUGUACAGGUAUGGGAUCCCUUAUGCGGAAACCUGUUAUCCAGAAAGCUCCGAAUUAUGGAAAGCCUGUCUU